GGCGGCGGCGGGGGAGGGGGAGGGAGCGGCCGCCGCCGCCGUGCGCUCGCGGGCCGGGCGGAGCUGCGCAGUCCUCUCGCAGCUGCGCCAGGACAGCGGCGCGGCCGUGCCCACAAGUUGCCGGCAGCCGUGCGCCGCGCCGCCUCCUCCUGCUCGCGGCCCCCUGCGCCCACUGGCUCCAGGACGCACGUCGCGCGGACCCCCACCCACAUGUAAAGCGGGACCGCAGCUCCUCGUACCCCGGCGCCCUCCAGAGUCACGCCAGCGUCUCCCCUGCCAAACCCCGCGGCUGGAAGAUGUGGCAGCCGGCCACCGAGCGCCUGCAGCACUUUCAGACCAUGCUGAAGUCAAAAUUGAAUGUCCUAACACUGAAAAAGGAACCUCUCCCAGCGGUCAUCUUCCACGAGCCCGAGGCCAUCGAGCUGUGCACCACCACACCCCUGAUGAAGACCAGGACUCACAGUGGCUGCAAGGUUACCUACCUGGGUAAAGUCCCCACCACAGGCAUGCAGUUUUUGUCAGGCUGCACAGAAAAGCCAGUCAUCGAGCUCUGGAAGAAACACACACUAGCCCGAGAAGACGUCUUUCCAGCCAACGCUCUCCUGGAAAUCCGGCCAUUCCAAGUGUGGCUCCAUCACCUCGACCACAAAGGGGAGGCCACCGUCCACAUGGACACCUUUCAGGUGGCCCGCAUCGCCUACUGCACCGCUGAUCACAACGUGAGCCCCAACAUCUUCGCCUGGGUUUACAGGGAGAUCAAUGACGACCUGUCCUACCAGAUGGACUGCCACGCGGUGGAGUGUGAGAGCAAGCUGGAGGCCAAGAAGCUGGCCCACGCCAUGAUGGAGGCCUUCAACAAGACUUUCCACAGUAUGAAGAGCGAUGGCCGGAUCCACAGGAACAGCUCCUCCGAAGAGGUUUCCCAGGAAUUGGAAUCCGAUGAUGGCUGAAAGAACUCAGGACACUUCAGCAAAGGCAGCAUCGGUCAAAGAAUUGGAGACAAUAGAUGAAUAAGCGAUGAUUCACAUUUGGGAUGAAAAGACUGCCAAACUAUUGGUGGAGCAAGCUUUUUAAAUUCAGAAGAGCAAUUCUAAAUCUAAAGAAAUGUAUUAUUAAAGUAAUUGCGUUACAUUGAAAUCUGCUGCUGCUGACUGUGAGGAGGAUGGGUGCGCGGAUGGGGAGGAAAGUUCUAGACUCUCUUCUUUUGUUUUCGUUUUUGUUUUUUUUCCUCAUUUCCCAAUACCUCCCUGUAGGAGAUCUCUAUGCCGAUUUUCAACACUCUCAGUCAAAUACGCUGCGGCCGUUAUGUGACGGACGACUCCAGUUUGCCUUAUGAGACCUAGCAAGGAUGUCAGCUGUGCCUACGGGACCCCCAGGCACGGGGGCUCGGGGAGGUGGACGCUGCUGAUGGUGGGGCGGAGGCUGCAGGGCGGAAGCUGAUCCAGAGCUCCUCUCCUCGGCAUGCUGCAGAUUCUCUCCUCAAUAAGCAAAGCAGCACAGCCUUUAUUGAGCUUUACAACUAACAACCUGAUAGUUGGCAGUUAAUUCACAGUUAAAGAUAAUGCUUUUAUUUACAUAACUGUAUCAAUAGUACCCUCCUUUGUAUUCACUUCAUCUACUUUCUUAGAAUACUUGCAACUACUAACAGCCCCUUUCCUCCUCCAGCCCAUCUGCCCUCUUUCCCCUUCCUACCCAUGCCAACGUCCCCAACAGGGACACACUCUCAACAUACAUUGCGGGAUACCAAAAGGGAAGAAAAUCACCAAGCAGAUGAAAUACACCAUCAAAAUAGAAGUUUAAACAACCACAACAUCAACCUUGGAAAGAGGGAAUGAGUUAUCAGCAAGUGAACAAACCCCACGUAGGCCGUCCUUUCUUCAACCCUGAUUUAUGGUAACUUAUGUAGCUGAUGGUCCUCUCUGGUGAAUCCUUCAUGGCAAGCUUCAAAUCUGAUUUGGUAUCACCGAGGAAGUCUUGUCCCACCUCUCAACAUUGCUCUUGAAUAGGGAGUGCAUUAUCUAAACUUGGCUUGUCUAGAGGACCUAUAUCCAUCUUAAAUCUAGAGGGAAAUCUGACCUUGUUAACUUUGAACUGACCUGGUUAUCUUAAAGUUGGUGAUAUCUUAGGGUCAGAAUUGCCAGUGUGUUCACUAUUUCUAAUUAAAAGUUCUCACUAAGAGAACCUGAGAUGUCUGUUUCAUGGAUCUUUAAAUACCAUGAAUGCCAAGAGUCAACAUCGGAUGGAACUGCAAGUGUUGGUUAAAUGCACACAUUUAAGGCCGAGAGCAGAGGAGUAGUUUUUCAGGUAAUGCUGCUCCUUUAUGAAAAGUCGGUUUUUAAUCCUGGCAAUGUUAGGGAUACUGGGGCACCUUACAGAAGCCUUAAAUGAGAGCUGGUCGAAUCCAGAGAGUAAUGGUGUCGGCGCUGUGGUCUGUGUAUCUGUGUGUCCGUGUAUGCGUUGGUGUGUGUGUAAAUGUGACCCGUGUGAGGGUCCACUUUUAAGGCAUGUAGAAUAAGCAUGGAGUCAUAUGGAGGAGAACUCGCCUUUUGAGGAAAUGCUUGCUGCUUUACAAUACAUGUAAACUAUUCUUUAGCAUAAAUGCAUUCAUUCUUUAAUAAAAAAUAUGUUUGCAUUAAUAAAGCUGAGGAGUUUCAUACUUUAUAUGUCUUUCCUUUUUUGAGUAAUAAAAACUUGGAGGACCAAAUUGAUCAAAGUGAGUGAACAGGAAUUCUAUCUAAAACUGUGUUCAAACUUCAUUGUAAAUAAUCCAUUCUUUGAUUGUAUUUAAAACAUCUUAUUUUCUAAUUCUUCCUUAUAUUUAACUCCUGCCCCUUAACUGAGAUGGUUACACGUCAACAAUUAAAAUAGUUAUUUAGGGUAAAUGGACUAAUUUCAGAGGAGAAUCUUCCAGAACAUUUUGCAAAUGGUUGCUAUUUAUAAAAUCUAACAUACAAUGUCAGAGAAUCCGAACUGAAAUCCUGGUAAGUACACCUUCUUAAGAAAGUUAUUCCUUGUGCCAGGGACUGGUUCAAAAUGUCUCUUCCAGACCACGAUUUCUCAGAAAGGCUCCAUUAAUCAAGCAAAGCAGAUGGCCGUGGAGCCUGUGUCUUGAGCAAUGCCUUUCAUGUCAUUAGCAACAAAUAUAAAAGCUUCUGAAGUGAAAAUAUAGGUGCCUGCUAAAGAGAUAAAGCCAAAGAAGAAUUAUUGCCUAACUCCUGUGAUUAAAAUGGCACUUUUCUCUCAAGUCAAACUUUCCUCAAUUUCAGCUUCACUCCUUUGUCCUUGAAAAUGCUUCUAAGAAGGGGAGGAAAAGAAAAAGAGAGAAAGAAAGAACCCAGCCAGCAUAUAUUUCAAAACAAUGCCAUAUUCCUCUCUCGGUAAAGGUUGAAUCCCCAGUGCACAUAUGGUUAUUUACUGCAGAAAGCAUUUGCUGGUAUUUUUUCUGGGUACUAAGUGUGACGUGGUAAGUAGUUGGCUCUGACAAUAUUGCCGUGAGCUUUUGCUUGAGAUAUUAGUAAGCAAUUCAAAGAUAAAUACAUAACAAAAUCUUUCAAAAAGCUCAUCAAGUCUUUUGGGACUACCCAUCCUAAUUCCCCUGCUAUACAAAGGUACUGAUGUGAUCUGAAUCCCCAAGUGAUUCAGACUUGCAUUUUUUUUUUUUAAUGCUUUGCUCUCUCCCUUUCUACACUAUACUUUUCAUGUCAGUGGUCACGAAGUCACAAAGUACCGUGUACAUCAACUCUUAUGUGCCUCAAAAGGAUCCUGUAGGUGGGCAUGGCAGUUACCUUAGAGAAAAGGAAACUGAGUUUCAGAGAGAUUGUGUAACCUGGCCAAGGCAGCAUAGCCAAGACAUGCCGGAUGGAGGCCAGAGUCCUCUGACCUCUGCUCCAGGACUGUUGUUCUCUUCAGGCUAGAACCACCUCUUUUGGAAAUUUUAAGUUCCAUUCCUCUUAAAACCCUCUAGCUUAUUUUAAAUUAGCAUUCUAAGCCACUGUAAAUAAACAUCCUUUGCUAUUCAUGUUUGAAGGUGUUUUGAUAGCAACAUCGUUUUAAAAACAAAGGCCCAAGAAGUUUUAUUUGACCUCAAAUAAUGUAACAUAAGACUUUACUUAAGUAUUUUAUUGGCUGUAGUCAAUGGACAAAAUACUGUCUUUACCCCUACAGAGCUAAGAUGCAUGUUUUGUUUUUCUCAGGACUUGUUAAACUCUGAAUCAAAGCCUUCUAUUAUAGGGUGCUGUGACAUUCUAUAAUUUCCCUUCAUGUCAUUUACUGCAGUGUUCAGUUAUAUAUUUUUUGUAUUAUUAUGUUUAAGCCUCUGGGGUGUGUCUUCAAGAUGAGGAUAUUGUCCCUUUUGUUCAUGUUUGGUUCUCAGCUGCAAUCUCAAUACAUUUCUGUUAGCAGGAUGGAGAGCAUGACAGACAGAUGGCAGGAUAAAUUACUAUGUGAGCCUUUGAUUUGCAAGUCACAGCACAGAAACCUGUACCCUAGAAGGAACUGUAGACUCUCUCUUGCCCACUCUCUUCAAAGGGGAGAAGAUGGCUUCUUGAUGAGAGAAAGCGUCAUGCCUUACCCAGUUCCAGAAAGAGUUCAUGGCUGCUUACAGAGAGAAGAACAUUUGAGGUAAGGUGUACAAUUAGAAAAAGCAUAAACCUUAUCCCAAGGAAGUAGACAGAAUGUAUUUUAAGACAUCUGCACUUAAUAGAUUACAGAAUUCUUGUUAAAGGUUUGUGUCCAUUUAUUUUUGUUGCUGAAGAAGAAGAAGAGACAGUAAUGAGGGAGGGCAUUUUUAUUUUCUGACAAUAUGAAAUGUAUGAAUUUAACCAGUUUUCUCCCAAAUUUGGACUUCAGAAAAUAUUUUUUCUUUGUCCUUUCUUCUGCUUUUUUUCUACUUUUCCUUUCUUCCUCCUUUUCCUGCCUUAACUAUUUAAUUAUGUAUAUGACACCAUUCUAGACUUUCUCUGAUUUUAGCAGGGAAAGACAUAUAUUCUAUGAAUAGCGAUCACAUGUUUUGGUUCGUGAUCCAUUGAUGUAUAAUUUGACAAGAUUGUUGAACACUGAAGAUUAUCCUAAAUUGCCCACUCUUAUUAUUUUUCAAUCAGGUAGGACAUGAUGACAAUUUAACUGUUAACAGCUUACUAUUUCUUAAGCAGUUCCAAAAUGCGCUUUCUUCUCAUCUCCUAGAUAUACCCUAAAAUUUAACCUGGAGUGAUAGUAAAGAUUCACAAAUGAUGUUUCAGUUUUUAUAGAUCUUCAAGAAACUUGCCUAUAAGAUGCCAAGAUCUGGCUUCUGGAAUAAUUUUAUGGGAUAUGUUGUUCAAUUUAAGAUGUUUUCUUGUUCCUUCUGAAGAGGUACCAGCUGAUAACAGUCACCAAAAAAGAAUUAUUUAUGAUGCAUAAACCCAAACUUAGAAAGCAAGCAACUGGUUGGGUAAAAGCACAUUGCUAUGAGGAAGAAAAAUCUAAACCAUUUUAUUUUGAUCAUUUACAAAUAAACCAUAUUUGUUGAAAA